CCAAACAGACGCGGGGUCACAUUGAAGCUACUUGCUUUGAGAAAUCCCUGCCACUCCCCAUGUCUUUUGGCUGCAGCUGGUCAGCGCAUAUUGGCGUUUGAUUACAACAACAAGUCGAGUUUUGCAGUCAUUUCCAAUUUAACUUUUCCUGCAGCUGUAGACGUUCAUUAUGACCUGGGCUACAUAUUUUGGAGUGAUCUGCGGGAACGUAACAUAAAGCGCUCGAAUAUGGACGGCACAAACAUAACAGUUCUCCAUAACAAUACGUACUGUUUUGGAAUGGCAGUGGAGUGGAGGUCAUUGCUUUUGUAUUGGACUGAUCAUAGAAAAAAUACGAUAUCAGUGUCAGACUUCGAGGGAAAUAAUAGACGUACUGUCUUUUCCCCAGGCUUACAAAUACUAGGCCCGGCGGGAAUUGUUCUCGACCCACACGAGGGCUCAAUGUUUUGGACUCAGACGUUAGCGGACAAAUUUCCAAAAGUCCUUAAAUCAACUAUGUACGGAGGGCAGCAAGUGGUUAUGGUGACGUCCAAUCUUUCAUGGCCAUUUGGUAUCACUCUUGAUAGAGGAAACAAAUUCGCUUUUUGGAUGAACCACAUUACUGGCGCCAUAGAAUCCUCUGAUUAUUAUGGAAACAACAGAAGGUUCUUUGCCUUUGCACGGAGGCGUAAAUACAAUUUUUAUGGGGUCACCUUCAGCUCGUCUUACUUAUUCGUUACUGACUUCGGUGGAAAUGGUUUCAAAGUGGAUGCCUCCAAUGGAACAGUCCAAAGUAAUUUUUCCAUCAACUUUAAGUACAAUAUGGGAACAGUCGCAUUUAACAGCUAUCUGCAGCCACCAGUUGUACUGAUCACGUGCCCAGUGUUGCCUACACCGUUCAAUGGAGUAAAGCUUGGAUGUGGUUGGAAUAUCAUGUAUUAUGGCACAGAGUGUCACUUCUUGUGUAAUUAUGGCUAUGCAGGGUCUGGCUUCAAAGUAAGAAGAUGUCAACGCAAUGGAACUUGGACAGGAAGGGACUUUGGUUGUCAUGAUAAGUACCAUGAACCGUAG